AAAGCAAGCCAGUCUCUCUACAGCGCAGGACCGACGGAGAGUUCCUCCGCAACUUGGAGGAUAAGACACUUCUCGCAUUCGCAACACCAGCUAAAAUCAUCUGUCGACCAUUUACAGAAAGGUUUUGUGAUACGUGUGGAUCAUAAAAACAACAAGAAAUAGCAAGGCAUACUUCUCGGCGCAACCGACCGGCCCCCUUUCGGAAACCAACCAUGAGCGUGAACGCCAACGACCUGAGCGAGCUGAUGGAGAUGUGGGAGGAGCUCAACUUCACGGGCGAGCACGACGACAACCUGUCCCACGUGGAGGCGCUGAUGUGCCCCGCCGUGUUCAGUCACGACGCCGUCUUCUACACCCUCUCCGUCCUCUACAUCUUCAUCUUCCUGGUGGGCCUGGCCGCCAACUCCCUGGUGGUCUGGGUGAACGUGCGCUCCGAGAGGAACCGCUACGAAACCCACCUGUACAUACUGAACCUGGCGGUGGCCGACCUGUGCGUGGUGGCCACUCUGCCCGUGUGGGUCAGCUCCCUGCUCCAGAAAGGCCACUGGCCGUUUGGCGAGGCCGUCUGCAAGAUCACCCACCUGGUGUUCAGCGUUAACCUCUUCAGUAGCAUCUUCUUCCUCACCUGCAUGAGCAUGGACCGCUACUUGUCCGUGGCGCUCUUUGGAGAAUCCUCCAACAGCCGUUUGAGGAGGGUGGUCCGCCAGCUCAUCUGCAUCCUGGUGUGGGUCCUGGCACUGGUCGCGUCCCUACCGGAUACCUACUUCCUCCAGGCGGUCAAGUCGACCCAUUCCGACAGCAUCAUGUGCCGGCCCGUGUACCCGGUCGACAGCUCCCGCGAGUGGAUGGUCGGCAUCCAGAUGAGCUUCUUCGUCCUGGGCUUCGCCAUCCCCUUCCCCAUCAUCGCCAUCUUCUACCUCCUCCUGGCCACGUCCAUCCCUUCCGGCUCGGACAACGAACGGCGGGUCAGCCGGAAGAUCAUCCUCACCUACAUCGUGGUGUUCCUCGUGUGCUGGCUGCCCUACCACGGGGUCCUCCUCAUGGACUCCCUGUCGCUGCUCAACGUCCUGCCCUUCAGCUGCCGCCUGGAGAACUUCCUGUUUGUGGCGCUGCACUUCACCCAGUGCUUCUCCCUCCUUCACUGUUGCGUCAACCCGGUCAUCUACAACUUCAUCAACAGGAACUACCGCUACGACCUGAUGAAGGCCUUCAUCUUCAAGUACUCCACCAAGACGGGCCUGGCCAAGCUCAUUGACACCUCGCGGGUCUCUGAGACCGAGUAUUCGGCUGUGGCCGUGGAGAACCACGCCCAGUUGUGAGGGGUGGUGGCACGAAAUGGCGUACUCAAAGAGACUCUACCAAAGCCCCACCCAUCUUGAAAACGCCACUUCUACCGUGCGUACUGUAAAUGGAAAGAGUCAGUUUAUGAGGCACUGUAAAACACAAUGACCAAACCAAUAUCUGUAGGUCUGCAUUUGUCUGUUAUUUUAUACUGGUAUUCCCCUUAUCUGAGUCCUGUCAGAUGUAGUAACAAGCCUGUUCAUUUGUACUUUAUUUUUCAAAGCACUUCAACCGAACUAGAGACUGGGUGUCACCUAAUCUGAUGGGUUUAUGACAACAUAAACACUCUCACACACACAUACACACACACACACACACACAUAUAUACACACACUUCCCCCAGACGGAGCCAGAGGGAAAGACUAGAAGCUGUAGAAGUCUGUGUUUAUCUGAGUUUGCUGUUGUCAGUUGCUCAGAUUCCAUCACACUUGAGCUAAUAGGACAGACAGAAGAGCCAGACAUUCUCCCAGGUUUUACGGGUCUAGAAGAGGAUUUACACUCGAUUCUAACCUGAGGGAAGCUGACAAAGUAUUUGACUCUGUGAGGAAGGUUUUAGCAGUUUGACCUGCUCUGUGUUUACAGGGAAGUGUGGAAUGUCAAAGGGAACAGUGAAUGAAGGAGAAAAGACUCGAGAGAUUACUAGCAGGACUGUACAGCCUCAUUUUGUUCAGUUGUACAGAAAGUAAAUACUGUGUGUAUUUUAUGUUUAUUAGCUGUACUGCUUAUGUACACUUUUGUCAAGGAGGGUUUAGUUUUGAUGGUCUGGCUUCUUCCGGAUUCAGACACAACAAACAAGUUUGGAUAAAACCGUUACGAGCAGUUUCAGAGAGUUUUGUUGGGUUGUUUUUGUUUGGAGAUUGUUAAGUUCUGAAACGGGAAUUGUCAUAAUUCACACUUCCUCAUUUGACCCCCCACAGUAUGGACAUUCUAAAAGUGGUUCUUGAAUGUUCCAUCUGAAUCUUCCUUUAUAGGUUAAGGCUAUCCCAUGUUGCAUUGUACUGUAUAAUGAAGGUUCAUAGUUCACCUUUAAAUUCAAUUGGAAACAGAAAUUGUAUAUAUUUUGUAAAUAUCAUAUUUAUAUCUCUUUAACUGUAUUGUAUGUGCAUUUACUUGUAAAGUUUGUAUAUGGCAUACAAAUGCAUCUGCUAUCAAUACUGUACUUUUAUACCAAACAAUUCAGAUACUGAAUCAAUGAAGGUGUGCUUUGUGAGUGGGGUUAACAAUGUAUAUAAUAUUCCAAUAUAUAAUAUUCUAUUAUAUAUAGUCUGUGUCUAUUAUACACAUUUGAGACUGUAUAAUGUUCUGUAUGUUAGACAUGUUUGCAAACAUUUAUAUUUUUCUUAAAAGAAAUCAAUGGCUGCUCAAUUGUAAAAUGCAAGCUAAAAGACAACGCAAACGUACAAAUUAGUAAUGCUGCCCAGGCACAUUUCUUUAUAUACUCUUAAGAAAGACUUUUCUGUAAGUUGCUUGAUGUCUGCCAAUGCUGUCGUUCAAAUAAAUACAAUAAUGUUGAAAACGA